AUGACGACACCUGAGAGUUCGACGUCCGACAGCUCCAACCGCUCAGUUCCGAUUACCUCUUCUAAUCUUGACGUCCAACUAAAUCCCUUCAUGCUUCAUCAUUCCAUCACUCCAACCACCAACCUUGUUUCUACACCAUUGGCAGGAUCGAAUAACUACUCAUCAUGGAGUAGAGCAAUGAUGCUGGCCUUAUCUGGAAAGAACAAAGUUGGGUUCAUCACCGGCCUGAUCAAGAAACCUUCAGAAGAUAGCAGCAAGCCUCGUUUUAAUGGAAACAUAAAGGAGAUGUGGGAUGAAUUGAAAGAAAGGUAUAAACAGUCCAAUGGACCUCACAUAUACCAGUUACAAAAGGACCUAGUAACCACUACACAAGGAAGUUUAUCAGUUGAAAUAUACUAUGCAAAAAUCACCACUAUAUGGCAGGAACUUGUGGAAUAUCGUCCUAUGGAUGAAUGCACUUGUGAAAGAUCAAAGAAAAUGGUCGAUUUCUUGAAUGCAUAA